AGCCAACUGUAGGUUUGAGUUCUUCUUGCUUUCCUGCUCCAUCUCCAAGAGACAAAAAUGCAGAGACCUACUGGAUGUCCAGUUACUUCUAGGGAGGUAGAAUAUGUGAAUUCUGAAUAUGGAAAGAACGCAGUGAGAAUCCUGUACGUUAGACGGGAAGGCCAGGUACACUGCAUUAAAGAACUGGCAAUCUCUGUACACAUCAGACUCAACACUGUGAAUGAAUACUUGAAUGCCGACAACUCCAGAGUCAUCCCUACAGAUACCAUAAAGAAUACAAUUGAAGCAUUGGCCAAAUGCAAUGGGAUCAGAACAAUAGAGGAGUUUGGGCUGGAUAUCUGCGAGCACUUCAUUAAAACCUUUUGCCACGUGGUGUAUUGCAAUGCCUUUAUCAAAGAGGUUCCCUGGCAGCGCCUAGAAAAGGACAAUACUCCCCAUGCCCAUGCUUUUCUCUACAGUUCUGAAGGAAUUCGAUUUUGUGAAGUGGAGCAGACUCAGAACAAUGCUCCAAUUGUUUUUUCUGGCAUUAAGGAUCUAAAGCUUAUGAAAACAACCCAGUCUGGAUUCCAGGGCUUUCUUAAAGAAAAAUACACCACACUUCCAGAAAGGAUAGAUAGAGUGUUGUCGGUGGAAACACUCAUCAAAUGGUGCUACGGUGAAUGUUUGGAUGGCCUUGAUUAUGAUUCCAUAUGGAGAACUGCCCACGAAAGUGUUCUUGAUGCUUUUGCUGGGCCACCAGAAACAGGCCAUUACUCACCGUCUUACCAGAAGACAGUCAACUGUAUUCAGACAAACAUUCUGGAGAGAAUCCCACAGAUUGAAGAGGUAGAAGUUAUCCUGUCUAACAUCCACUAUUCAGUGACAAACUUAGAAAAACUGGGAAUAUCCAAUGACAAAGAGAUUUUUACACCUCAGGAGACACCAUUUGGUGCUUGUGCAUCCACACUGCGUAGGAAGGAUUGUUCAAAAAAGCUGCAUAAUAUACCAGUAGACUGCAAGCCUCGUUGCUGUGUUGGGUGGAAAUUUGCCCGUGGAAUUUAAUGAAGACCCAAUUCUUUUCUGAGAACAUCAUAUUAUGUAAUAAUGAAAUCAUAGCAGCAGGCAUUACUUACUCCAUGCUUUUCUCCAUGUUACCAUAGAAAGCCAGUUAUGGAUGAUUAUUUCCAAGCAGAGUUUCAAGAAAAUAAUUAAUGAAUUUCCUUUUUUUUCUUCUCUCUCUUUUGAAAACCCACACCCAAAUCCAAAGAACUCAUCACAACACACAGUAGUUGUAUCCAAA